CUUGCCGGCGGCUAUACCCCAUCGUUUAUGAAAACGGGACGUCGUCGCCGUAGCCGUCGCUCUCGCGAAUCCUCCUCACUCCGCCAUGUCGCCGGAAUCCAUGGCGUCCGACUGCUGCACCGAUGAGGUCUCCGCCUCAGAGCUCGUUUUCCGCGCCGCCUCCAUGGUGCCGGCUGCCCAUUACCUUCUUGCCUGCCUCAUCGUCCUCCUCGUCUUCGUCUAUAACUUAUUGGAGUUCCACUUCUUCAGGGAUCUUCUCCGUGGAUUCAGGGGAGAUCCGGUAGUUCUGACCUUCAAUCCGAAUUCGUAUAUCUACGAAGGAAUCGUCGCCAAAUGCCGAAUGCUUCGAGGGAGGUAUGUUCCCACUCCGUGGCUUCCGAGUCCCCAUCUUCAGACGGCAUUCUUGCAUUUUUAUGGAAGGCCUCCUAACGUUUCCUACAGAAGGCAAUUAUUCUGCACACAUGAUGGUGGAACCAUUGCUUUGGAUUGGUUGCUUGCAUCUGAUGUUGCAGGAGAUUCCUAUUACAAGGACAAGUCCAUAACACAAGAUGAUACUACUCCUAUCGUAGUUGUAAUCCCUGGACUAACAAGUGAUUCUGAUUCUCCUUACCUCAAGCAUUUGACAUAUAGUUUGGCAAAGCAAGGGCAGAACAUUGUGGUGAGCAACCAUCGUGGAUUGGCUGGCAUUUCCAUUACAUCUGAUUGCUUUUACAAUGCUGGAUGGACUGAAGACAUCCGAGAAGUUGUCAAUUAUCUUCAUCAAAAAUAUCCAAAAGCUAAUCUUUUUGCUGUUGGGACAAGUGUUGGUGCUAACAUUCUGGUGAAGUAUCUUGGAGAAGAUGAAGGGAGCACACCUAUUGUUGGUGCUGUAUCUAUUUGUUCUCCGUGGGAUUUAGUGGUCAGUUUAACAUUGGUUUGUGACAGGUUUCUUAAUAGAAAGCCAAUCCAACAAUUUUAUAACAGAGCCCUAACAAUUGGUCUCAAGGAUUAUGCCAAAUUACAUGAGCAUGUCUUAACUAGGCUGGCAAACUGGGAAGGCAUCAGACAGUCAUGCUUGGUCCGGGAAUUUGACAAUCAUGCCACUCGGGUUGUUGGGAAGUUUGAGACUGUGGAUACAUUCUAUCGCUGCUGUAGCAGUGUAAACUUUAUUGGAAAGGUUGCUGUACCACUUCUAUGCAUCAGCGCAUUGGAUGAUCCACUAUGCACAAGGGAAGCAAUUCCCUGGGAUGAAUGCAGGGCAAAUGUGAAUGUUGUUUUGGCUACUACUACUCAUGGUGGACACCUUGCAUAUUUUAGAGGACUAACAGCUCAAAGUUUGUGGUGGGUUGAAGCUGUUCGUGAGUUCCUUAACGUUGUUCAAUCUAGUCCAUACACGCAUCAAAAGAAAAAGGCACCAACAGAGGGAUUACAUUUGUAUCAUGAGCCAUCAAUUGACAAAGGCCCAUUCUUAAACAUCAAGGAAGAUGGAAAUGUAGCUACAACUAAGAAAUAUGAGGCACAGAACGAUCAUAAAGAGGAGUUACUUGAUAGUCAAAUAAAUCAAAACACGAAAUCUGAGGAUAUCGAGAUUGUGAAUAUAGAUCAGCGCAAAAAUGUGGAUGCUGAAGAUGUUCAGCAAAUUGUUGUUUCGUCAGGACAAGAACUCGAGAACAAGAACGAUGAUAAAGUUAUUCACGAAGUGGCUGCUUCUCUGAACAACUCUGUGAAUAAACUCCUGCUAAAGCAGCAGAUGUCGAUAUGGUUGCUGGUGUACAUAUCCGUAGUCCGGACAUGGCCAAUACUUGGUUCUGCGCUCUGCAUUGUCUUUCGUAAACAGGUUCGGAGAAUUUUAUCACCACCAUGGAUUGGAAAAUAAAGGUUGAAUCAUCUGAUUGUUGUUUGUUGGGGGCAAAGUAUUAUUAAACAUUUGGAAUGCAUCUUUUAAUAAACUGCUGGGAAAACUUGUAAAACCAUCUAUGUGCGAUAUAAUACACACUUAUCGUUAAUAGAAAUUUCGUUUUUAUCCCGGACUUA